UCGUUUCACUCAGUCAGUGCCAGACGCCAUUCGAGCUCAGUACACGCACGACCGCGUCGCGUGUAGCUCGCGUCGUUAUCGCAAUCCAUAUUAAAAUCCUUUGUGUCGUAGUGUAAUGACAAACAGUACAUUGUGAACGAAAAAAACAUGGAACUUGUGGACAAAGAUUCGAACCUGGCAGGACCAGUUGACUCUAAGCCGAUUCUCUUCGACAGGAAGGGAAGCGUGAAGGUGACGAUCACACCGACCCAGCACAAGACCCUCAGUCACCUACCGAAGAGGCAGCCCGUGGAUCUGGCAUUUACGGACUUGACUUACAAAGUGCAAGAGGGAAGGAAGAGCAAUGUCAAAACGAUCCUCAAGUCUGUUUCGGGUCGGCUCCGUUCCGGCGAGCUCACGGCCAUCAUGGGUCCGUCGGGUGCCGGGAAGUCGACGCUUCUCAACAUACUCACAGGAUACAAGACUUCCGGUAUGGAGGGUAGUAUAACAGUCAACGGUAUGGAGCGUAACCUGUCCAGUUUCCGGAAGCUGUCCUGCUACAUCAUGCAGGAUAAUCAGCUUCACGGCAACCUAACUGUCGAAGAGGCCAUGGGCGUGGCGACAUCCCUCAAGCUGCCAAGUUCCACUACGAGAGACGAAAAAGAAAUGCUGACCGAAACGAUCCUUCACACCCUCAGCUUGAUGGAACACCGUAAGACCAUGACUUCGAACCUGUCCGGGGGUCAAAAGAAACGUCUCUCCAUCGCUCUGGAGUUGGUCAACAAUCCACCUAUUAUGUUCUUCGAUGAGCCUACAUCAGGUCUGGACAGUUCUUCGUGUUUCCAAUGCAUCUCGCUGCUAAAGACGCUCGCCAGCGAGGGCAGGACCAUCAUCUGCACCAUCCACCAGCCCUCCGCCAGGCUGUUCGAGAAGUUUGACCAUCUGUACACGCUGGCGGACGGCCAGUGCGUGUACCAGGGCAGCACCGGGAGAUUAGUCGACUGGCUUGGCAGUCUGAAGCUGCAGUGCCCUUCUUACCACAAUCCGGCUUCGUUCAUAAUCGAAGUGUCUUGCGGCGAAUAUGGCAACAACACUGGCAAACUGGUGCGAGCUAUUGACAACGGAAAUAAUGAUAUAAGAAACGGUAUGCCCUUCCCGGAUCAAACUCCGGACUACAACAACAAGAAGGACAUGGAGGUGUCCCUUCGUGCCGGGAGCAAUUGGGACAAAAACGACCUCAGCCAGGUCCAGGAGAAGUUCAAGGACAACAACUCGAACGGCGCCAACGGGCACGGGAACUUGCAGAACGGGAUCCUGCAGUACGCCACUAGCGAGGUCUCUAAAGGCGAACCGUUGUCGUUGCAAAUGGACACGGACAAGCAGGACAACGCGGCGGCCGCGCUGCUCGGCACCGAGGGCUCGCCGGAGCGGUACGCCACCUCCGAGUGGAAACAGUUUUGGGUCGUAUUGAAGAGGACCCUCUUAUUCAGCAGGCGAGAUUGGACCCUGAUGUACCUGCGGCUGUUCGCUCACAUCCUGGUCGGCUUCCUCAUCGGGGCGCUGUACUACGACAUCGGAGACGACGGCUCCAAGGUGCUCUCCAACCUCGGCUUCCUGUUCUUCAACAUGCUCUUCCUCAUGUACACCUCGAUGACCAUCACUAUACUUAGCUUCCCACUGGAGAUGCCGGUCCUGGUGAAGGAACACUUCAACCGCUGGUACUCGCUGCGGUCCUACUACUUGGCGAUUACGGUAUCCGACAUACCGUUUCAGGCCAUAUUCUGUAUAAUCUACGUGGUGAUAGUGUACCUGCUGACGUCACAGCCGCCGGUCUGGUUCCGGUUCGCGAUGUUCCUCUCGUCGUGCCUGCUGAUAUCGUUCGUCGCUCAGAGCGUCGGUCUGGUGGUCGGAGCCGCAAUGAACGUGCAGAACGGUGUGUUCCUGGCGCCGGUGAUGUCCGUCCCCUUCCUCUUGUUCAGCGGCUUCUUCGUGUCGUUCAACGCGAUCCCGGUGUACCUGCGCUGGAUCACCUACCUGUCCUACAUCCGCUACGGGUUCGAGGGCACCGCGCUGGCCACCUACUCCUUCAACAGGACCAAGCUGCAGUGCCACGCGCCCUACUGUCAUUUCAAGUAUCCCCAGACCACCCUCGAGGACCUGGACAUGGAAGACGCCGAUUUCGCGCUAGACAUAGCGGCGCUGUGUCUCAUCUUCGUUCUACUGCGUAUAUUCGCCUUUCUCUUCUUACGCUGGAAACUCAAGUCGACUAGAUAAACUAAAUUGUACCUUACGUUCUUCACUUUAGGGUAUAAAAUCGCUGAGAUGCCUAUUUAAGUGCUUAAGAACAAGUCGUUUGUUAAUUUCGGGUUUUUUAAAGUAUAUUUUUUUUUAAUAUUCGAUAAUCGAGUUUAUUUUGUUGCAUCGAUAAAAUACGAUCUUUCAAACCCGAAAUCAACAGCCGAAUAAAACAAUUAAAUAAAUAAUAAAUAUAUAUAUUAUUAUAGAUAUAUAUGUAAAUUACAUGAAUGCGGUUAAUGUGAUAAGCGGUGAAAACAAUUAUUCGAAUAUUUAUGAAAAAGAAAAAUUCUAUACGCGUUUUGAUAUAACGUCAUCUAGUUAAGAUUAAGUAUCAGUUUUGGAACAAAAAUUUCAGACUACGUACCGAAAUUCAAUUAUAAAAUAUUCAUUAGGAAAUAUGUUUUACACAAAUAAUUCAACCAUGACAAAUUAUUAAAUUUUAUGUACAAAACCAAUACAAAGUGACUUGUUUCAAAAGGGUAAUUAAUACAAAAAACAUAAUGUAAAUAAACAAAGAGAAAUGUGAUAGAAAUCAUGUGAUAUAAAAAAAAGUUUAUAUACAUAUUAUAUAUUUAUAUAUAGAAGUAUAUACGGCAUUAUAUAUACGACAUUCCAGUUUUUGCUACUAUUCCUGUUUUACUCAGACCUCAAACUGAACAAUGUAGAAGAAAUUCAAGUAAUAAUUAAGAUCAUAAUUAUGCUCUUGUUAUUUUUGGGUGUAUUACUAUCACGAGCAAAUUCGAAAAUGUCGCCAAUAAGACGAUUUAUUUUUGUAUUGUAGAUUGACAAUUACUGACGUUGACACUGACAAGAAGGUUUCUAUUUACUCGAGGUCAAUUUAGAGUUUGUUGUGUAGUGAUAUGUUGACUCAGUCCACAGGUAGGCAGAUGAGGUUAUCUACUGUAUGGUGAUCAUUUGAUAUCUGUAUUCAAUUAGAAUACGCGCGAUGUAUUGAUUCUAAAGGACAACGACCGAAUGUUAACCAGAACGUGUAUUCAUAUCAAACACGACCGAUGCGAAUGAAUGAUUGAAUGAAAAAGAUAAUCGAUUUUAAUAAUGACAAUCGUAUCGAAAGGUAAAUUUUUUACAGACUUUUUUAUUUCGAUAUAAUCUCUUUGAAAUUGUCUUCAUAAAUGGCCUUCUUGAAGUGCGUCUGUUGAUUAAUCAAUGACUGUAAUGUCAUAUUGAGAUCCUUACAUAAAACGUAUUUUUAUAGAAGAAAAAUAUUUCUAAUGAUUUGAUCAUAUAACUCAAGAGAUGGCGCCACUAACAGUACAUAUGAAUUUUUGAUUAAUAUAAUCCACUAAAUGUCGUUACAGGGAAAUCAAAAUAUUAAAUUUUAAAAAGAAUGAAAACGUAAUAAUACAUAUAUUGAAAAUUAUUUGUUAACGAGCUUAAAAAAUAAGUUUAAAAUCAAUAAUGUUAUUUAUAACCAAUUAAUCCAAUCUCUUUAAUAUUUAUGCAAGUUUAAUCAAAGAAGAAGGAGCGUUAUAAAUAAAACAUCAAAUGUAUACCGUCAUCACCAUCAUGUUAUCAUCAGCCCACAGUCCCAAUCCACAUCACUGAACCCAGUCUUCGACUCUCCCUAUCCAUUUCUUGCCAGUCGAAGUUCAUCGCACCACCAAGCUACCAAAUCUAUAUACUACUUCUCAUAUAAAAUGCAUACAGGGUAUUAAACAUUAACAAUAUGUCAAAAAGAUAAUCCUUUGUACUUGGUGAUGAAAAGAAA